AUGGCACAAUCCCAUGGUGGAGAUCGAACUUUCUCGUUUCAAAACCUUUUGAAGAUGUUGCUCUCGUCGAACUCCUCCACCCGCCUGGCGCAUGACGAUGCUGAGGUCGCGGAGGACUUGGAUGAACCCCCGGAUCAGCAUAAACUACACGCCACCUCGAUACAUACCGAAGACACCAUCACCUUCUCCCGACCUCUCAUCGACCGCAAAGAAUCCUUGCUCACACGCGCCCUCAAGAGCAGUCCCGAAAUGUCCCCUACCGAACCUCAAUCCGCCCUCCACGAUUCCAUAUACAACUCCCGCUCCUACCCCCAUAGUAACAUCAGUGGCAUUUCCACAGCCGAGUUGACAAGUGAUGGAGGCAUGACCAGUCCGUCCAUUGCCAACUCACCGAGCCCUCCCCUUCCCCCUCAGAUGAUGGGCAAGGCGCCCGCAUCUAUGACUGGAAAGAGAGAUACGACGCCCAAGGUCAAGGUUGCAGACUCCAACGAGACCUCGGUGGAAGCCAACCUCGGACGCAAGCGCUGUAUCAGCUUCGCCUGUCGCCCCAAGGCCGAUUCGACCAUUCAACCCGUUGCGCCACCAGCUCGCCAGCCGAGCCCUUCAACUGUCAAGGUUUCCCCUGAGCCCCCCAAACGCAAGUCGACCCUCACAUUCGCCUGUCCUGGACGCCAGGCCGCGUCUUCGAUUCAGAGAGAACGCUCCCCGGCCCACAAAGCUGCUUUUCGACCCAAAUGCCGUGGCUCGCCUGCCCCCGUUGCUCGCAAGUCAUCCUCUGAUGCCGGAAGCUUCAAGCAAAAGGACGUGAAGGAUGUGACGGAGAUCACUGCGAUCACUGCUAUUACCGCGAUCACCGUUCCCAAGGGUGUCCCUACCAGUGGUCUGGGCAAGUUUGAGGAAUCAGAGGCCACUCGGUUCCACGAAUUUGCUAGCUCCGUUGAUGAGGACGACGAGUGGGUGACCAAGUCAACCGAGUAUUCUCAAAAGAUUACUUUGAACGACUGCAUGAAAAAGGAGAACGCCAUUCGACGACUUGGUGAAGAGGCCGAGCAGGAAGCUCAGGAGGAAGAGGAUGAGGAGGACGAUAUCGAAGAUUUGGCCGACGAUGACUCGACCGUCCACGACUUUUCCUCGGAUGAUGGCAACGAGUCUGAUAAUGAGGCCGGUUUCGCAGACUCUGAUGCGAGUGACGAUGAUGGCUCCGACUACGAGUUCUGGGCUCCUGCGAUCACUGUGCCAGAGACCAGUGUUCCCUCCAUCGACAUCUUCUCGCCGGUUCUGGAACGUCGUGCCUCCAACACCUCCUUCGACUCUUUGACCGAUGAUCACCAGCACUGGCUACCUGCGCCCGUUCAACGAAUGCCCGGUCGUCGCCCUUCCAGGAAUCUGCGCAUGCGUCCCGGUACCCCCAACCUGCCCGACAGUACCGACUUUGUCUGUGGAACGCUUGAUGAGGACCGCCCUCUCGAGGCUGCUUAUAAGUCUUGCAUGGAACAACGGCGUCUUGAGAAGCUUGUUCUGAUCCCGCAAGACAUCGACCCUAGCUUCCCAACCAGCGAUCCCGAAGAUGAAGCAGACCUGGAAGACCUUUCUGAGGAACUUGCCUCUGUUGUUCUCGAGCCCACUCGAGGCCGCACGGAAGGACUGAGCAAGGCUUCUCCAAAACACUCGCCCAAGCGCAUGGUCUCUCCGGCGCCGCCUCGUCGUGCUGGUCGCACCUCUCCGAAGCGUCUCAAGUCUCCCCCUCCUCGCACCAGAGCUAAAUCACCUCCCCCGCGAGUUCGGGCCAAGUCCCCCUCUCCACAAAAGUGGACACCGUCGGGGGAGAUGCCCGUUAUCGAGUCGCCCCCAGGUCUUAAUAUUAGCCACUUAGUUCAACGGCCGCCUAUGAUUCGCACCAAGUCUCUGCCUCGGACGCCCAACCCGUUCUUCACCGGCAUGCAAAGUGCCCAUAACUGGCAGGGAAUUCCGCCCCUGAACGAAUCACCGGAACAUGAACGCUCACGCACACAUGAGCCCCAUACUCGAGGACCCGUCGAUAUCGUCGAGGGUCUUGAAAAGAAGCGCCAGAAACGAAAGGAAAAGUUCUGGCGCCAACACUGCCGCAAAGUUGCUAAAGAGCAGGCGGUACGCCGGCCAAUUCCCGGCAAAGGAGCCGAACGGAUGAAGGAGCUUGGCCUCGAAGUUGCUGAGAGGUGCAGAGCUUACGGCGUCGGACAAGACGCCCAGCUCGUCCUAUCUGUUUAG